AUUUCUAAAUUUUAACUUCUACGAUUGGCCGAUUGGCCUUUCGCCUUCGAAUUCCAAGUUCCACCCGCCCACCUCCCUCUGCUAUCGAUUAGCUCUUAAAGUUUUAUAUAAAUUUAUUUAUUUAUAUACAUAUCACUGUCGUCUUGGCAUUCUCUCUUAUUUCUCUUGCAAGUUUAGUUUGAUUUGAUUUAAUUUUGAAAGAAGGAGAAGAGGAAAAGCGGAAGAAGAUGGUUGCUGCCGCCGAUGAGGGAACCACAGGUACAGGUAUAACAACGCCGCCGAGGAGGAGCGUGGUUUUCACGUACGGCACCCUAAAGCGGGGGUUUGGGAACCACGCCUUAAUGGAGGAGCUGAUGAGAAGCGGAGACGCCGUAUUCUUGGGCAGCUACCGAACCCAAGAAAACUUUCCGCUGGUGUGCGGGCCCUACCAGGUGCCAUUUCUCCUCAACCUGCCAGGAUCGGGUGAACGGGUAACGGGGGAGUUGUACGGCGUGUCGAGUGGCGGGCUGGCUCGCAUGGAUGAGUUGGAGGGCACGAGUCGCGGUCACUACGAGAGGCUGCCCAUAAAGCUGGUGGUCCUGGAGGAGGGGGAGGCGGAGGAAGCGGAGGCGUAUUUUGCGCACAGCAGCUACGCAAGGGAGCUGUGGAUGAAGAACGGGAGGAGGGGUUUGAGCGCGUAUUCGGAGAAAGAGGCGCGUGGGUACGUGAAGCGCAAUGAAAGGCCGCAGCAUCUCACCUUUCUCGACCACAUUCAACUGUUUGUGUCCGCCGCCUCCGACGAACCAUCAAAUUCAUCGGAUCCAUUGACUUGCAAUGAAUGAGACGCAUUGAAUUUGAAUUGAAUUGUAAUGCUUGCAUUUUCCUUUCCUUUUUUUAGUGGUAGUAGUCACUGCAUGGACCGGAAAUUACUGGAUGGUAAUUAUGUAAUAUAAUAAAAAAGAAAAGUAAUAUUUAAAGUUUAA